GCCACCUAGAGGCAAUAUUCAAUAUUGGUCUCUGUCAGAAAGGUCAGAAUUCAAAUGGUCACGUGGACACUGUCAUGGCAGCCUCCUUGAGGAACAUGGCACAGAGAUGUUUACAUCCGGCGAUAUAUGACCAGAUUAAAAUGUAGUUGUACUUAAGUGGGACACCACUGUGUUCUGGACUUUCUUUGAGAGCAUAUUUCCAUGCAAAUCGUGAGUAGUCUAACAUUAUUUGAAGGAUGAGAUUAACCUAGUACCAGUUCGUCUCCGCUGUGUUAGCUGGCUAACUUCCAGUGACUACUGCAGAGAGGAUCCUCCAGGACUUUGAGGUGAUGGCUCUGGUGUGCAUUCGUGUGUUUGUCCGUCAGAGGUUUCCUCUGUACUGCAGAGGUUACUCAAAACCUAGCAGUGUGCCAAGGAGAAGGGAAACAAACAGCGACAAACCAAUUUUCCAGUACGUCGGCCAAAACAGAAAACCCAAUGAUAAAGUGUUUGUUUGGGGAUUCAGUUACACGGGAGCGCUGGGUAUUCCCAGUUUUGUGGUCCCAGACAGUGGUAGGAAAAGACCUCGGAAAUAUCAGCUGACACCUUACCGUUUAGAUACCACAGAGAAGAUAUCCUCAGCAGCGUGUGGGUAUGGCUUCACAUUGUUGGCAUCCCCCACGCCAGAUGUCAUAAAACUAUGGGGAAUGGGGCUGAACAAAGACUCUCAACUAGGAUAUCAGCGUACACAACAUGACAAACAUAAGAGCUAUGACUAUGUGCUGGAGCCUUCACCUGUAGCGCUACCCCUGGCCAAGCCUCAAGAGACGCGAGUGCUCCAAGUGUCCUGUGGCCGUGCUCACUCGUUGGUUCUCACAGAUUCAGAGGGAGUGUUCAGCAUGGGAAAUAAUGCAUAUGGACAGUGUGGAAGGAAGAUUAUUGAAGAUGAAGUCUAUAAUGGGAGUCACAUCGUACACAAUAUUGAGGGCUUUGACAGCAAAAUCAUCCAGGUGGCUUGUGGACAGGACCACAGCCUUUUCCUAUCAGAGACAGGAACAGUGUAUGCCUGUGGAUGGGGAGCCGACGGACAGACAGGUCUGGGUCACUACGACAAAGCCUCUUGUCCUGUCAAGUUGACGGGAGACCUGACGGGGGUGAAGGUCCAGCAGGUGGCCUCUUACGGAGAUUGCAGCCUUGCCGUGUCCACAAACGGCCAGCUCUUCGGUUGGGGGAACUCUGAAUACCUGCAGCUGGCCUCCGUCACAGAGAGCACUCAGAUAAGCUCUCCAAGGCUGCUUCCUCUGGAGGGGGUAGGCAGAGUGCAGCAGGCUGCGUGUGGUGGGACCCAAGUGGCCGUACUAAAUGAUGACGGUGAGGUGUUUGUAUGGGGUUUUGGGAUUCUUGGAAAGGGUCCUAAUCUGUCAGAGUCUUCGACCCCGGAGAAGCUUCCACCAACUCUCUUUGGCCAAUCAGAGUUUAAUCCUGAUGUCAAGGUCACACGUGUCCGUUGCGGAUUGAAUCAUUUUGCUGCAAUCACAAGCAACGGUGAGCUUUUUGUAUGGGGAAAGAAUGUCAGAGGAUGCUUGGGUAUUGGAAGGCCAGAUGACCAGUAUUUUCCAUGGCGGGUGACGGUACCAGGACACGUGGUGGAUGUUGCGUGUGGUGUAGAUCACAUGGUGGCCAUGGUCAAAUCUCUGAUCUAAGUGAGGAGAGAUCCAUCUUUGCUUCACUCCCCUGGCAGCUUCCGUUCACGGUGCCCAUCUGGAAUCUGACUGGACAGAAUGACACCCCGCCCAACAUGGCUUCCGUAUUUUAUAUCCGUCCUUCUGAAGCACACAGAGUCAUAAGGUGCCUCUCAUUUACAGUUUAUAUGUCCUCCCUCGCUCCUCACUGAUGUACAUAAAGAAUGAUAGUCUAUCCCUUCGUCUAUCUCUCUUUAUGUAGAUCAGUGAGGAUCGAGGCCCGAGGAGCGAGGGAGGACGUAUAAACUCUAAAUGAGAGGCACCCAUAGAGUCAAGUCAGCACUGCAUGUUGGAUACGCCUGGUUUCAUAAAUAUACUGGGUAGUGUGACCAAUGACCAUGGAUCCACUAUCAGAACACGUGGAAACUGUUAACCUAGAAUUUAACCUUUUUAUUUUUGCACAGACAAUGACUUCCCCAGGCAAGUUGGUCAGGCAGCUCAACAAAUAACUGUCAUGUGAACAUUUGUCAAAUUAUAUAAUUGAAAUCUCUUAUUUCAAUCAAACAGUGUUCAGUGAUGACAUUUGUAUCUAUCAAUAUUGUACAAAGUUUGUGUUUAUCAUCUGAGACAAGUAAGAAAACGAACAACCAUAUUUAUAGUCAUGUCUGUCCCACUACUGAAAAGCCAUAACAUAAGUGUCACUACUUGAAGGAGCUGUGUAUUUGGUACAGUUGAGGUCUUUGGGGAGAUAGAUACCCAUGUCCAUGUUGUCUGCUUCCCAUCUAUCCCCAGUACAUCAAAUGUUUUUCUGUUGUAUCAAACAUAUAAAUUGCAAAGCCCUUCAGAAAUGAGUUCAUGCUUUAUUUGUACCAA